AAUUCCGCAGAAAAGGCCGCGACUGAGAUUUUCCGUUGACAGACGAGAGUCUCGUGGUAAUAUAUGCAUAAUCCACUCCAAUGCAAUUUCUGGAGAAGCGAGGUUACGGCUGAUCAUGAUGCAGAUAAGAGACUGUGUAUAUACCUCACAUGUCUCAUCAGAAAAUCGACACAACAUCAUGACGUCUUUGGGGAUUUACGUAGGCUUACUCAUCCUCACAGUGCCGGAUGAUUCAUCUGAUGCUUUAUUGAACCCACGAAAGCGUCAUAAUUCCUUGGUGUUCGUAUCUGUGCUUGGAACCAAUAGAACAGAAAAUUAUCUUGAAAUAUUGCGGUUAAAUUUGGAGCUUUGCCUUGCAGAGGCAAAUCACAGUUGUGGGAAUGGAGCCACGUCUCAUUCCAGAAAUCCUUUCGGUGAUGACCUUGAUGAUGGCGAUCGUAUCGAACCCGAGGAAUUCCGGCCCGAAACUUUCGAACCGCAGUCCACCAAAGGCAUGUAUAUAGCUGCCAGCAAUAACAGCGAAGAAGUAUUUUUCGAGCAAGGAGAUGGCGCCGAUCUGUCGAAACUAGCGGAUUUCAGUGGCAUGCAGAUGAAGGGUGUCAAUACCAUGAAGAAGGACAAGGCUGUUCACCCUGGUUCCACGCUGGAUGGUGUCACGGUGGAAAACGCUGAAAAAGUAACUCCUGACGCCUCACUUGAAGAAGUAACUACUGUAGAAAAAGUCGCAUCGGUUGCUGAGGAAAAACGCAAUCCUUCAGAGGUCCAGUUGCAGAUAGUGGAGGAAUUGAGACGGGGUAGAAUUCCUAAAGCAGAAGUCGCAGCAUUGUUGCGGAAAACUUCUGCGAAUCAGUUGCUUUACCUCAAAAACUUGAAUAAGCUGAACAGCUUUGGAGUUCGGGCGAUGACGGUGGAACCUGAUGGUAAUGUCAGUGCUGAGCCGUUUUUUCCGGAACCAGCCAGUGUGAGGGCCAAGGCAAAAGUGGAUAUAAUGAGUAAGAAGCAUGGAAAUAUCAUGAGUGUCGGCCCUUUGAAGUCAACAUUCGAAAUCGUAAGAGCCAAGCGGGCAAGGGGUGGGCUUCCUUUCGUGGCCAUGAUCACAAUAAGGAUUAGCAUAUUACUCAUGCUCAUGAGCUGUUAUCUUGCCGCAGCAACUUAUCGUAGUGUCCUUGAUGAUUCCCAUGAAGACGACCUGCUGGGAAACAUUUGGAAUGGUACGUUCGACAGUUUUCUUGACAAAAACGGAAAAAAGUUUGAAAUUGACAAACCAGCCAUCGACGACCUGGAUGACGCUCAGAAUAAGGUUUUAUUCUUUGAGAGAGCAAGGGCUAAUGUGGAUAUUGUGAGAAAAGAGAGGGACUUGUCAAAAAUGCCAGGAUUCUUGGGAUCGCUUGGCUCCUUGCCAUUCCCUGCUGAGUUUGGCAAUCGAUUCAUUAAAUCCAAGAAAUCGGAAGAAAAACGCUUGUGGCAGCAGUCUCCAACUUUUCCGAUGAGUGGAUCACCAGCAAAGGCAUCACUGGAGUCUUCGUCAUCAGUGAAGAAUGACGAUGAGAAAGCAGAGUGCGAUACCAGCAUGACUUACUUCAAAGGAGAAUGAUACAAUUUUUGACUUAUCCACCGAACAACCUUUAUUGGCACCGAUAACAAAAAACUGCAUAUCCUGAGAACGCAUGAUUUUUUCUUCCUUCUUUCUCUUCUCCGCAACGACAAUAGUGAGCAUCGAACACUGGCAUGGGUAACUUUGUUCCGGAAAACGGGGGUUUUACUUCUUCAUGUUCAUCGUAUCAGCAAAGGAUCCUUUUCUCAUCAUUGGCCAUUGUCCUCAGAUCACGUAGUGGCAGAAGGACAUCAGUGUGCUUCUGGAGCAGGCUUGGUAACAGCAUGCUGAGAUCAGAUUUUGGGACCUCUUGACCAACAGUGCCUUUGAGGCCCAGGGCUCAGAAGGCUCCAACUUGUUGCUUGUUUCAACUGAAAUCACGAAACGGGGAAUUAAGCUAAAAUAUAUGUGUCCUGAUUUUUCCCGAAUUUUUUCACGCAAAUUCUCUGCACGGAAGUUGGUUGAAACUUGUAAAUGGUGUCUUCGCAUAAUAAAUCUCAUUCAAACUCUUCAAUAUCGUAUCCGGCUCUGUGACAUUCGAUGGCUAAGCGUGACUGAAUCAGUUCUUAUAAGAAUAAGAGAAAAAUUACGAGCAAAUAUUUUGUUUCCGAUAACCUCAAAUAAAACGACGAAAUCGGUGCUUGUAUCUAAAAACACUGCGUUUUCGCGAAAUGAAACAAUAGUGACUAUGGCUAGCAAUUUUAAUAAGAUUGUUUCUCAUCGUGUUGGCAGCAGACUUGUUCAUCUUGCUUGAAAUCUCUUUAUAGUCGUGGCACUGAAAUUUGUUUAUAAUAUAUGUUUUUGAGUUUGUUUGAUUCUGCAUUGGUGACUGCUGAUAAAAUGCUGAUGCCAUUUGUGGAA